AUGUCCGAGGGAACCUUGAAGCCGGAGAAGGACUUCUCCAAAGAGGUCGAUGAGCAGCUUCCACAAGCCGAGAAGCUCGCUGCCAGCAACCUCCAAGGUGCCAUCGAGAAGCUCGCCGCCCUCGAGAAACAAACACGCCAGGCUUCCGAUUUGGCCUCAACAUCACGAGUUCUAAUUGCCAUCGUGACAUUAUGCAAGAAUGCGGGCGACUGGAGCUUGCUGAACGAGCAGACGCUCGUGCUUUCCAAGAAGCACAGCCAACUCAAGCAGGCCAUCACCAAGAUGGUGCAAACCGUUGUCGGCUUUCUCGACGAUACCCCCGACCUGACCACGAAGCUCUCCGUUAUCGAGACCCUAAGAACUGUCACCGAGGGCAAGAUCUUUGUCGAAGUCGAACGCGCUCGCGUCACCAGGAUCCUUUCCGAUAUCAAGAAGGAGCAGGGCGAUCUCAAGGCAGCCACCGAGGUCUUGUGCGAGUUGCAGGUCGAGACCUUUGGCUCCAUGGAUCGUAGGGAAAAGACGGAAUUCAUUCUUGCUCAGGUCGCGCUCUGCAUCGAGAGCGGCGACUGGACCCAAGCCGGUAUCCUUGGCCGCAAGAUCAGCACAAAGUACCUCUCGCGUAAACCCAAGAAGACUGACGAGCAGCUCGAGAAGGAGGCCAAGGAGCGUGAGAAGAAGAAGGCUCGCGGCGAGGAGGUUCCCGAGGAGAAGGAGGAUGACACCACCGAUCUCAAGCUCCGUUACUAUGAGCAGCAAAUCAUGUUGGCCAAGCAUGAGGACAAAUACCUAGAGGUCUGCAAACACUACAGACAGGUUCUUGAUACGGAAGCUGUUGAGGAGGAUUCGUCCAAGCUUCACCCUGUCUUGCAACGAAUCAUCUACUUUGUUAUUCUGGCCCCAUAUGAUAAUGAGCAACACGACCUUCUGCAUCGUAUUCACAAAGACUCGCGCAACUCCCAAGUGUCUUUGGAUGCUGAGCUUCUACAACUUUUUACCAUUCACGAGUUGAUGCGCUGGCCCGAGGUUGCAAAGAAGUUUGGCCCGCACCUGUGCAGCACCGAUGUUUUUGACGCCAAAGCCGGCUCUUCAGACGAAAAGGCGCAUCAGCGCUGGCAAGAUCUUCGCAAACGCGUCAUUGAGCACAAUGUUCGCGUAGUGGCCAAGUACUACACCCGUAUCCAGAUGGGUCGCCUUACUACGCUCCUCGAUCUCACAGAAGAUGAGACGGAAAAGUACAUCAGCGAGCUGGUCACUUUGAAGACGGUAUACGCAAGAAUCGAUCGUCCAGCGCGGAUUGUCAGCUUCUCUAAGCCUAGGGAUGCAGACGAUGUGUUGAACGAAUGGAGCCAUAAUAUGAAGAGCCUGCUCGGCUUGCUGGAGAGAAUUGACCACCUUAUCACCAAGGAGGAAAUGAUGGCGCGCAUCCAACCCACAAGCGCAAAAUAG